AUGACAAGCGUUGGAUCCUCUAUCGAAGUACUAAGUCGAACCUGUCUCCCCGCAACAGAAUAUGCCACAUCGCCCCCUGGAUCGAUUCCCGUUGGUGUGGAGGUCACAAAGCACAUUGUCGGUACUAGUAUCUUAGAUCAAGAAUCUGUUAUUAAUAUGCAAGCGGCUCUUUAUCGCUAUGCUUCCCAUGGUCGUCUACACAAACGACUUGGAGAUCCACAUUACAAAUCAAGCUGCCGAUCACGGAGUACUGGCGUCCGGUCAAAUUCUUCGCCAUCCAACAAGCCCACUUCCACAAUAAGGUCAAAUGAUUUUCUCACAGUACUCAAGGUUGGACUUCCGGAUCAAUCACAAAGUGCAGGGUUAACAUCUCCAAUCUCACAAACACAUCUUUCGUUUCUACAAAACCCACUGAAGCCCACACUAUGUCACCAUCUCCGGCAGCCAGACCGCUACCCACGUUCUACAAGCGUUUGGAGACGACUUGCUAAAAAACCCAGCCCAAGACACCGAAGCCUUCCCACGCUUGUGGUUGAACCAACCGCUGAUGUCCUGCUUGGCGAUCGGCUAUCGGGUGACGGGCAGACAGAUGAAGAACGAUCCACCCCAGGUUCAUCUGAAGUCUGUCUAGGACAUCCGUCUCCUAUUAAGAAGAUUCCGACGGGAAGCAACAAGUGUGGUCCCAUACCGUCACCGACUGUCUGGUGGUUGGACGACGAUACUGGUCGUGGCACCGGUAGCGGAACCGUCAAUAGGAAAGCCAUCUUUACCCUUGACCCGGAAAAUAUCUGUGCCGCGGAACCCAAUGAGGAUGCGACAGAACACCUCCUUCUGCCAGGACGGUCUGGAUUUGAAGACGAACUCGUUCGAGAGGUUGCCCACUUCGAGCUAACCGAGUUUCUGAUUGGUGAACUAGAAUUCUUAAAUUCAAUGUCCUUGAUUCGAUCGAUAUUUCCUGACGAACCAGCAAUCGAUGGUGACAAGGCAGCUACACCGCUUGGUACCGACUAUUCAGUUUCCCUCAGUUCCUCAGCUCUCGAUUAUCAAUCCAACCUACCCAGUGUACAGCCCUCUGAAUCGAGUUUGGGAUGGUUGACAUACAUUGAACCAACGCCAAUACCUGGCAUCAACUACGCCUAUCCGACAGUCGAACAACUACAGGAAAGCACACGAAUCUCCUCCCCGUUCGCAGACUUUUUCGGUGUAAUUCAACAAGGCCUUCCAACCGAGCUCCCUGCCUCAGACCAAUCGGCAGCCACAAAAGCCGCACCUGUUGAUGUGGAUCUCACGUCUUCAGAAGAUCUUCAAGAAGAUGACCUGUCGGAUGCUUUGGUGGAUUCCCUUCAGACGCGCUUCGUAACCACCGCUGGUGCUGAGCUAGUCACCUCAUGCAUGGAGUACUGCGCCGGACACCCAUCGCACAUGGCCUUUUUAAAACAACUGCACCAGUUGCUCAUGCAAACGUGUGACGCAGAUUGGGCGUUUCGUGACCGUUCCUCGACUUGGACGACAAAGCCAGACGCGAAACACUUGCUAACCGCUUCCACCCUGGUGCCCUCGGCUUCGGCUGUGAUGCUGCUUUCUCGAGAAAACAAUCACAAAGCCGAUUUGGUACCCCUUAUGCCCGCACAUCUCUCCCGCAUUCAUCGACGUUCCGGUUCGGCAGUCCUGGGUGAGCGUUCAAAAGUCCAAACCACCUGUCCGGUUCCUUCACCGUUACAUCUUGUAAAUGGAGUCGUUUCCGGUCUGUCUGAUGAUAUUGCAGCAACCGAUGCACCAAAGAAGACCAGUUUGCCGGUCAGACUAGACUGCACAGUUGAAAAUGACUUUUUCGCCUCUCCCACGAACAGCAACCAAGCAGACCAGUCAAGGCAUGGUCCCAUCAGUGCACUGUGCACUCCUCUACCUUACGAUCUUUUGCUAACCCCACCCAUUCCCAAAGCUAAGCGAAAGUCUGUCCUGUCCAGUCAGAAUAACCGAUGCGCUGGUUGUGGUACCUUCAUUGAGACUCGCUACCUCAAACGAAUGCGGUUUUGUGAGUUUUUCGCGCGAUACUUCUGCUGCGUAUGUCACGCAAACACGCUGAUGGUUCUCCCGGGAAACCUGCUAACUAACUGGGAUUUCCGAAUGAUGCCUGUGUGCAAUAUCGCCCGGGAUCGUCUGCAUCAAUUACACCGCCAACCGUUGCUUCGUUGGCCAGAUUUUAGCCGUCGAGUUGUUCAAACCCAACCGUGUCUGCGAAAUUGCCACACUUUACGCACCCAAGGUCGACUAUUGCUGCCUUUCGUGCAGUUCUGUCAGAAUGCUCAGGAACUGUUGAUGGCUCUGGCACAGCUUCCCUCACACUGGUUACAGUCACCGGACAUAUGGAGUAUGGCCGACUUGUGCGCUGUUCGUGAUGGGCAGUUUGAAAGCCGUCUACGCAUGGCUCUCCAACCGAUGGUGGACCACCUCUCAGCUUGUCCAAGAUGCCGUGCUCAAGGUUACGUGUGUGAGGUGUGUCACUCUGGCCAAAUUCUUUUCCCAUUCGGUCAGGUGAACACAGUCAUGUGUCCAGCCUGUUCGGCUUGCUUCCAUCGCAACUGUUUGCGACAGCCAAGACCGGAAACGUGUCCACGCUGCAUACGGCGGAAUGAACGGCGCAAGCGCAGUCAAUCGCACCCAGCUGUUCCACCCAUCACUGUUCAGGAUGGCGGGGAUGAGGACGAUGCACUAAUGCUGGCUUUGCGUUAACAAGUCUCUUAUUGGUACCACAAUAUCCCGGUCUAUGCCAUAUCAACUUUCUUAUUUGCAUCUCCUAUGUGGGGGUUCUCCUGUGAAGUUAUUGUAGCUUUUCUAAAAUCACUAGUUCCUCAUAUUUGCGGUAUGCUUUUUUAUUCUGAUUAUAUCUACCUUCCAACUGUGCUCCACACACUGUCUUUCAUUUUGAUGAGGAUUGUCUCGAAUCGCCAGAUUUUCAACUGGUACACCCAUCUCCAAAUAUCCCACUACCCGCAUGACCUGAUUUUUUUUAUCGACUGUACAAACUUAUUGCGCAGGACUCUCUUCCUUUCGCUCAUGAGUUACGCGAUCAAUUCUAAAAAUAUUUUCCACUCAAG